CCUUACAAGCCCUGUCCUAAUGUGACUCCAGAACAAAGAACGACUCUUCAAAGUCCUUUAAUCUGAAAAUGAGACUGAUAGCCUUUCUCAAAGGAGACAUUUCAACGGGGAACAAAAGAAAAUAUCUCCGAGUCUCAUCAUUUUAUUAUCUUGUGUUUAUCUGAUGAGUUUCUUUAUCAAAUUCAGCUGUGAGAUUGAAAAAUGACAUUCGCCAUUGCCAUCAAAGCAAACCCGAUCGAGACAUCAUUCUCACUUGGCCGCCAAAAUAGAUGACAACUUCAGUGGAGAAUUUUCUACUCCAGGAAGGAUCUGAAGCUUUGACAAUUCUGCUCAAAGAAGUAUCCUCGGAUAUGCUAGGGUCCUCGACUACAGGCAAAAGCGGCGUAUAAGUAACUGUGCCCUCCGUUCAUUCCUGGAACAGGUCCACGAUUUCCGGACAAAAGAAGCAGGAGCAAGAAUGUUUCAGAUUCUUCUGCUUCUAGUAUCACUUUUGCUUCAGAAGCAAGCAUCACUAGCAGCUCCCCUGGUGAAGGGUAAUUGCCCCCAAACAUGUGGUGGCGUUGCCAUUCCCUUCCCCUUUGGGAUUGGAACCGGGUGUUUCCUCGAUGAGUGGUACGAGAUUGUCUGCCAGGACAGCAGUGACGGCACCAUCCUCAUACUGAACAAGACCAACUUGAGGGUGUUCAACAUUUCGCUACCCGAUGACCAAGGUGGAACGAACGGCAUGAUCAGCGUCAGUCUUCCUAUAAUCUUCUCGUCGAAUGUGAGCUGUGGGGGCAAUAGAAGCUUUGCGCCUGUGAGCUUGAAAGGAAGCCAGUUCAUCUUCUCUGAGUCAAGGAACGUCUUCGCGGCCGUUGGUUGCAACAUAUGCGCUCUAUUAGAUGACACAAAGUCUGCUAUCAUAGGGUGCCAGUCCAAAUGCAAAAAACAACACAACAUCUUUAGUAAAAUGAAUUGUUCAGGCCGCGACGGAUGCUGCCACACCACAAUUACCUCGGAUCUUCAGGCUUUCAGCGUCACUUUCCGGCCGGACAAGCAAGCAGCAGAGAAUAAAUGCGAGUAUGCCUUCUUGGGAGAUAUGUCGCAGUUCACACCUUCAACUACAGACUUCACUGAGUUGGAGUCAAGGGGGCAUUUCCCAGCGGUGCUAGAAUGGGGGAUAGCUAAUUCCUCCCAAGCUGCGCCAGAAAUUUACAAAUAUGGCUUCAUCGCCGACGAUUCCUAUAACUGCAGCACAGUCAGCUUCAAUUUAGGAUAUCGCAAGGUGAUGCCAUUUUUGCAGUGUUCGUGCCGCUUGGGCUUCACCGGUAACCCCUAUAUUAAACAUGGGUGCAAAGAUGUCGAUGAAUGCGAAGAUCCCAAUCGGUGCCAUGGAAAAAAGUGUGUGAAUCGACGUGGUUCCUAUGAUUGUGUUGAAGGAAGCAAGACAAUCAAGUUUAUCCUCGUAGGUAUCGGAGCAGGCCUAGGGGCACUAUUCUUGCUUCUCUUGUUAUGGCUGUUGUACAAUUUCAUGAAGAAAAGGAAAGAAAUCAAGCUCAAAGAGAGGCACUUCAAAGAGAAUGGGGGUCUCUUGUUGCAGCAACAACUGUGUUCAUUCGAGACCAAUGUUGACAAGAACAAAUUAUUCAAUUUUAAGGAUUUGGAGAGGGCCACGGACAAUUUCAACAAGAACAGAAUACUCGGUCAAGGUGCGCAAGGAACCAUCUACAAGGGCAUGCUUGCGGAUGGAGGAAUCGUUGCCAUUAAGAAGUCAAAGGCAAUCGACAAGAGAAAAGUUGAACAGUUCAUUAACGAGAUUGCCAUUCUCUCGCAGAUCAACCAUAGGAACGUGGUUAAGCUACUUGGGUGUUGCUUGGAAACAGAGUCGCCGCUUUUGGUGUACGAAUUCAUACCGAAUGGGACUCUCUUCCAAUAUUUACGUGACUCUCUCGUAUCGUGGGACACACGCCUUCGAAUUGCUACUGAAGUGGCGGGAGCCUUGUCCUAUCUACAUUCAUCGGCAUCAAUCCCAAUCUAUCAUCGGGACAUCAAGUCUAUUAAUAUUCUCCUGGAUGACAAGUACCGAGCAAAAGUGGCUGACUUUGGCACUUCCAAAUCGCUUUCGCUCUAUCAAACUCACGUGACUACAGCAGUCCAAGGGACAUUCGGGUACUUAGAUCCCGAGUAUUUUCAAUCGUGUCAGUUCACAGAUAAAAGCGAUGUGUACAGCUUCGGUGUGGUCCUCGUUGAACUACUGACCGGGCGAAAGCCAGUCUCACUUCUUGGAGACGAGGAUCAGAGAAACCUUGCAAGCUAUUUCCUCCUAUCGAUGGACGACAACUGCCUGUUCGACAUAGUGGACGAUCAAGUUCUGAAGGAAGGCAAGAAAGAAGGGAUCGUUGCCUUUGCGAACCUCGCAAGAAGGUGCCUGAACUUACAUGGGAAGAUGCGACCUACAAUGAAAGAAGUGGCAAGUGAGCUGGAGCGCAUUAGAAAGCUGGAGAAUCCUGCCAUGAAACAUGACCAUACUCCAAAGAAGAGGGAGACGAGCAUAAGUUGGGAUUCUGCAGGGUCCGCAGACAUAAUCACGAUGUCGGAUGUGCAGCCACUCAUGUAUAGCGACUCGAUGUAAAGUAGUUCUAUCUAAAUUUUCUUAGAUGGGUGAUUACUUUAAGAAGUUCCGUA